AUGCAGUAUCGCGCUGAAGCGUACCCGUUCAAGACGGCGGUGCCGCCAUCAAUGGCGGCGGGGCGUGCCACCAUGCCACCGAGGAAUGGCACGGGAACCGUGUUCCGCAGGCAAAACACAGUGUCACGCAGCAUGGAGCCACCGCAAAAUACGCUGCGUUCCCCGUUCAAGCCCGACCCCGGGAGCAGGGCGCCCAUGAUGAUGCCGCGGUGUGCCACUGCAAGCAUGUUAAAUGGCGCAUCGAGUGUUAAACGUAACCCUGUGAUGUCGCCGAUGCAAUAUAAGCCUCAUACAAAGCUGAUGCCUGGGAGCGGGAUGAAGACCGCGGUGCUGCCUCAGCCACGACUGCGUAGCAGCUCGUUAACAAGAAGUGCAGUUAUGCCAGACAGGUCUCCGUCAGCAAUGCCGAGACAGGGAACAGGAAUGUCACGGAGAAAUUUUACACCAAGCUCAUAUGUGACUGAAGUGUAUCCUACCUACCAUGCGGCACAACGAUCAUUCACCCCCUCCAGGGCUCCGACCACACCGAUGCAGUAUCGCUCCAGAGCUAACUCUUCGACUAUUACGCAGCCAGGCCAGCGUAUGCCGCACGGUAACGGCGUUCACAUUGCUUUUAAGGGCAGGAAUCAGAUGAAGGCUUCUUCUGCGCAGCGGAGCCAGUCUGUGUUUAAGGGUAUGGUUGACAAGAUAAAGGAGCACACAGCCGCGCUGCCAACGAUCGACGCUAAGGAUGCUGCGCAACUUGUAGGAGGGUUCGUGUCGGGCACGCUCAGCGUGCUUGCCCACAUCGUCGGCGAUAUUCGUGGCGAUAUCAUCAACGGCCUAUUCAAGCCGGAGGAUCCCACGUAUGAUGCGGCUAAGGCGUACUACUACGCCGGAAACAACCACCCGACCAUUCCAACUGGUAUGACCCAGCGCAUAGACUACAUAGAGGAAAUCGACAAGUGCACCCAGAUGAGAGCGAACAAGACGCGUGGUGGAGGGCGCAACACAAACGCACAAAGGUCGAUGCCUCCUAUGCAUUCCUACCAUGAGCCGAGGCCGGAGCACGUGCGCAACCACUACCCACGACCCACCGCGUUCGGACAUGAUCCGCACAUGUUCGCAGGGAUGUCGGAACGAUCGCUAGAGGAGUUCCUGCUCAACGAUUCGUACUUGGACUCUGCGCCGCCAUCUAUGCCUAGAUGA